AUGACCCAACCUUCCGUCAACACAACAUUUGACACAUCGUUGGUCGAUUUGAAUCCGAACGUUUCCUUCUCAACCACCGAAUCCGACCAUUCAGACGCUGGCAUGCCGUCAACAAUUCAGAGGAACCAAAACGCAGCACCAAGCCCUCUGGCGCACAAUGUCAACCAAAAUACGUCUCAAGCAUCUCAAUCCGUCCCACCAAAGACUUCCACACCAGUGCAGCACAUCGGAACGCAGGAGGCCUAUGAUCAGUGGGCCUCAGUCUACGAUUCAGACGGGAACAUGCUUCAAUCUAUCGACGAUGAUGAGCUGAACACCCUCCUCCCUUCUCUCUUGGGUCAGAUCGCCGCAAUUUCCAGCCCCGACAUCUCCAUACUCGACCUCGGCUGUGGCACCGGCCGUAACACUGCACGCCUUUUAUCUCACUCCUGGCCAGCAGAUCGCAAGGUAGCAGUCACAGGACUCGACUUCAGCGCCGGCAUGCUAAAUCUCGCACGCACAAAACUUGCCGCCUUUACAGAUGUCAACAAGCACAUGACCCUGCGGCUCGAACAGUGCGAUCCAUUCCCCGCCUCAAACGACUUCUCACCAUCCGCCAUCAAUCUCCCGCCCCAGAAUCUCAUCAUCUCUACGCUGGUCCUUGAACACAUUCCUUUACCUACUUACCUCCGCACUCUCGCCACCCUCCUCGCUCCAGGCGGCGUGGCCCUCGUGACCAACAUGCACGACGAGAUGGGCAGCCGAAGCCAAGCAGGCUUCGUGAACGCGCAGGGUGUCAAGGUCCGCGGCGAGAGCUUCGUGUACACUCUGCCCGAGACAGUGCAGGCAGCCCAGGAUGCAGGGCUGGAGCUGAUACAGGCCCGGGAGCGGAGUGUGGAGGACAAAGACGUGCAGAGCGGCGUUGUGGGGAAGAGGGGCGGUAAGUGGAUUGGGUGUAAAGUUUGGUUUGGCGUGGUUUUGCGCAAGGCGUGA